AUAACCAAGAAGCAGAAAAUGAAACUUUUAUCCAGAACAUAAUAGGAGGCUACUUCCUCCUUUCAGUGUCUCCUUUGUCUCCUUCAUCUCAGCACUGCCUCAGUCUGUACUUUUUCUCGCCAUGACAACACAUAUGGAGUACCCGUCCUGCCAUAAGGGAUUAUUCCCACUUGUGAUGAAAUCUACCUCGACAGAGUCAGCAACCAAACGUGCCCACGGACGAGAUGAGAAAAAAUAGAAACCCGCCUGAAUAUCGUCUUACACAGGACGUGGCUGUCUUCUUUUUUUCACCUCGGAGGUUUACUUUCACUUUCCAUCUUCUGUCGAAGCAGAACGAUUUCAUCAGCUGAGCCUUGGUCUGAAGGAUGAAGGCAGAAGGCGUGUGAACUGGUGUGAACUGAGCAGCAUGGAUCAGUGUGAGAACAGAGUUGCUCCCUCUAAAACCAAUCUGAGUGGAGAAGUUGAAAACCAGAGGAAAAUACAAGACGCACUGUCUAAACCUGAAGCUGAACCCAGCUGUGUGUCCCUCCAAAGUGAUGCUUCCAAGGAUCUUGCUAUCAUUUUCAGAUCUGAUCCCCCAUCAGCUGCAAAGAGGAAACUGCCAGAAGCAGAACCUCGACCGGAGGCUGAACCCAGCUGUGUCUCCCUCCAAAGUGAUGCUUCCAAGGACCUUGGAAUCCCUUUCAGAUCUGAUCCCCCAUCAGCUGCAAAAAGGCUCCUCCACAGUGUGGACCAGCAGAGCUCAGAGGUUCCCAGUGAUCCUUCUGCCCAGGAGCAUCAGAUACAGUUGGACUCCAUAUUUAUGCUGCUGGAGAACAACAUUGUCACUUUUGUGAAAAAUGAGCUGAAGAGGAUGCACAAGGUCCUGAGUCAACAUAAACCACCGUCGUUGCAGACAGAAAAUGAGGAUGUAAUGGAAGAUGCAUUUGAAAAGGAGAUGAGAAACAGCAAAGAGGCAUUUGAGAAGAUCACACUGAACUUCCUGAGAAGGAUGAAGCAGGAGGAGCUGGCUGACCGUCUACAGAGCAGAACACCUGCAGGAGCUGGUUCUAAACUUAAGUCUAGUGUGAAGAAGAAGUUCCAGUGUGUGUUUGAGGGGAUCGCUAAAGCAGGAAGUCCAACCCUUCUAAAUCAGAUCUACACAGAGCUCUACAUCACAGAGGGAGGGACUGGAGAGGUCAAUGAUGAACAUGAGAUCAGACAGAUUGAAGCAGCAUCCAGGACACCACACAGACCAGAAACAACAAUCAGACAAGAAGACAUCUUUAAAGUCCCCCCUGGAAGAGAUGAACCAGUCAGAACAGUGAUGACAAAGGGAGUGGCUGGCAUUGGGAAAACAGUCUUAACACAGAAGUUCACUCUGGACUGGGCUGAAGACAAAGCCCACCAGAACAUCCAGUUCAUAUUUCCAUUCACCUUCAGAGAGCUGAAUGUGUUGAGAGAGAAAAAGUUCAGCUUGGUGGAACUUGUUCAUCACUUCUUCACUGAAACCAAAGAAAUCUUCAGCUUUGAACACUUUCAGGUUCUGUUCAUCUUUGAUGGCCUGGAUGAGAGUCGACUUCCUCUGGACUUCCACAACGAAGAGAUCCUGACUGAUGCUACAGAGUCCAGCUCAGUGGAUGUUCUGCUGACAAACCUCAUCAGGGGGAAACUGCUUCCCUCUGCUCUCCUCUGGAUAACCACACGACCUGCAGCAGCCAAUCAGAUCCCUCCUCACUGUGUUGACAUGGUGACUGAGAUUAGAGGGUUCACUGAUCCACAGAAAGAGGAGUACUUCAGGAAGAGAUUCAGAGAUGAUGAGCAGGCCAACAGGAUCAUCUCCCACAUAAAGACAUCACGAAGCCUCCACAUCAUGUGCCACAUCCCAGUCUUCUGCUGGAUCACUGCUACAGUUUUGGGGGAUGUGUUGGAGACCAGAGAGGGAAGGGAGCUGCCCGGCACCCUGACUGAGAUGUACAUCCACUUCCUGGUGGUUCAGACCAAAGUGAAGAAGGUUAAGUAUGAUGGAGGAGCUGGAUCAGAUCCGCACUGGAGUCCAGAGAGCAGGAAGAUGAUUGAGUCUCUGGGAAAACUGGCUUUUGAUCAGCUGCAGAAAGGAAACCUGAUCUUCUAUGAAUCAGACCUGACAGAGUGUGGCAUUGAUAUCAGAGCAGCCUCAGUGUACUCAGGAGUGUUCACGCAGAUCUUUAGGGAGGAGAGAGGGCUGUACCAGGAGAAGGUGUUCUGCUUCGUCCAUCUGAGUGUUCAGGAGUUUCUAGCUGCUCUUCAUGUCCAUCUGACCUUCAUCAAUUCUGGAGUCAGCCUGAUGCAAAUAGAUCAACCAACUUCAGAGAACUUUAAAACAAAAACAAAGGAACUCAAAUCACUCCAUGAGAAUGCAGUUGACAAGGCCUUAGGUAGUACAAAUGGACACCUGGAUUUGUUCCUUCGCUUCCUUUUGGGUCUUUCUCUACAAAGUAACCAGAGUCUCCUGCUUGACCUGUUUACGCAGACAAAAAGCAGCACAGAAACCAGAUGUAAAACAGUUCAGUAUAUUAAGGAGAAGAUCAGCGAGAAUGUGUCUGCAGAGAAAAGCAUCAAUCUGUUCCACUGUCUGAAUGAACUGAAUGAUCGUUCUCUAGUGGAGGACAUCCAACAGUCUCUGAGUUCAGGAAGUCUCUCCAACGAUGAACUGUCUCCAGCUCAGUGGUCAGCUCUGGCUUACAUCCUUCUAUCAUCAGGACAAGAUCUGGAUGAGUUCGACUUGAAGAAGUACUCUGCCUCGGAAGAGGCUUUCCUAAGGCUGCUGCCAGUCAUCAAAAUCUCAAGCAAAGUUUUACUGAGUGUGUGCAACCUCUCAGUACGAAGCUGUGAAGCGUUGUCUACAGUCCUCCGCUCUACGUUCUCCUGCCUGAGAGAGUUGGACCUGAGUAACAAUGACCUGCAGGAUGCAGGAGUAAAACUUGUAGCCGCUGGUCUGAAGACUCCCACCUGCAAACUCCAAAUUUUGAGGUUAUCUGGCUGCCUGGUCACAGAAGAAGGCUGUUUGGUACUGAGUGCAGCUCUGACCUUUAACCCUUCCCACUUGAGAGAGCUGGACCUGAGCUACAAUCAUCCAGGAAACACCGGAGUUGAGUUUCUCUCUGCUCACCUACAGGAUCCUGGUUGCACACUAGAAAAUCUCAGGGUGGAGCCCGCUGGAGUCCAGUGGUUGACCCCGGGUCUGAGGAAGUACUCCUGUCAGCUCUCCAUCGACACAAACACAGUGAGCAGAAAGAUGAGAAUCUCUGGCGAUGGAAGGAAAGUGACGCAUGUGGCGGAGGACGAGCUGUACCCUGAUCACCCAGACAGAUUUGAUGUUCCACCUCAGCUUUUGUGUCGCGAUGGCCUGUCUGGUCGUGGCUACUGGGAAGUGGAGUGGGGAGGACAGGCUCUUAUAGCGGUCAGCUACAAAAAGAUUCAAAGGAAAGGACACACUCACGACUGUCUGCUUGCCUGGAAUGACCAUUCCUGGAGUCUGAGAUGUUCGGACAAUGGUGUCUUUUCUGUCCUUCAAAAUAAAGCUGAAACAACAGUUUCAGCGUCGUCGUCCUCCGUCUCUAACAGAGUAGCGGUGUAUGUGGACUGUCCUGCCGGCACUCUGUCCUUCUACAGAGUCUCCGAUGGCUCCCAGGUCCACCUCCACACCUUCAGCACCACAUUCACUGAACCUCUCUAUCCUGGUUUUGGCUUUGGGUUGUUGUACACUUCAGGUUCCUGGAUUUCCCUUUGUCCGACAGAAUAGACUGCUAACCAGCAGGCUCAACUAACUCACUCAUUCGGUGGUUGCCUAGCAAUAACCUAUUGAACAACUUGCGCAACAGCAGUUUCAUGUUUCUCCACUGGUCCUCAUCACGGCAACGCCGUGGAGGGAAAACUGUGGAUAAAACUGGAAAUAUCAGGCCACCAGUUUUGCAGAAUUUCAAACAAGAAACGUAUCAAUAAUCUGUGUCGACGAAUAUAAAGCGUUUUCAUUGUGAUGUUCUUUUAGCCAAAUCGUCCAAAUCUACUGCAGUUGGUAGCACUGCUGGUUCUCUGCAUUCAAAUCCCCAAAGGGAAGCCAAACACAUCAAUUUUUAUUAUUGAAGCAAUAUGUUGGUUCCUUGCCUAAAACAAAAUAUGAAGUUUCCUGAUAUCUCGCUGUUACAUGGUUUUUUGUCUUUUAAUUUACACCCUCUGGUUGAAGUUGUUGGCCUGUUCAGGAUGACAGGAAAUUCCCAUGAUUCUAAGAUAAUAGUUUCUGUUUUCUGACCAUUUGUUCUGGUAUAAACCAAUAGAUAAACCAGUUUGCUUUAACUAGGACAGUUAUGAUAAACCAUGGAAGUCAGUUUGUGUCCAACUCUACAGUUCACCUCAUUUGAAUUAAUUUCAGAUCUUUUCUUGCUGGUUAAUAUUCUAAUAUUCCAUUCAUUUGCUUAUGUGGAUGUCUUUGGAUUUAUUAAGAAACAUAGCUGAGCUUACAGCUAUUUUUUAUUUAUGUUCUGUCAAAGUUUUGUUUUCUGUAACAUUUAGUCUCUUGUUUUGUUUUUGGUGGUGUGUGUGUGUGUGUGUAUAUAUGUAAAAUGCUGCUCUAAAUCAGCUCCAAUUAUGGAAUGUUCAUCUGUCGUUCUCAGUUCAUCAGGCGCAAAGAGCAAAAGAACAGUUUGCUAAAAUUCUAAAAUAAACGCAGCAAAUCCUCUAGGUGAUAUGAAAUGUCUCCUUUCCGAGUACAAAAUAGCAAAUGGUCUGUUUGUCAUGACAGAUUGCCAGGAGAAGUUUGAAAAAGGCAUAAAAUGACUGAAACAGGAAAAUA